AUGUUCACUGUGUUACUCGCUCGCUACUACCAGGCUUGUUUCAGAGACUCAGAACAACGAGAAACGAAAAAAGAAAUCUCGUUGGAAGAGGAGUUCGGACUGAUGGACAAUCUUGAUGAGGCCCACAUCGAACCUGAUGUUAGGGCACGGUUUCGAUCUGCUUCGGCUUACUUGCCUCGUAUCGUUGGGCGACUUGAGCGAAGUCAUCUCACCCAGUUCUACGCCCUUUAUAAGCAGGCGACUGCUGGACCAGCAAAACCCGCCGACCGGCCGUCGUUCUUCGAUGCCAAAGGAAGGAUGAAGUACGAGGCGUGGGCUCAGCUCGGAGAUAUGCCAAAAGAUGUGGCCAUGAAGACGUACGUUGCUAAGAUGGCAUAUAUGAAUUUGGGUUGGGAUCCAACGGCACAGGACUCAUCUCAAGGUUUUGGCAUGAGGCCAAGUCGUCCAGCAGCAGUGAGCGAAUCAUCUGACGGCAGUUCAGCUACAGUAAGUGACCGUGAAGCGCUGCUUUGGUUUACAGCAGCGAAAGCUGACGAUGUCACAACAAUUGCGGAUAUUUUUGAACGAAGAUCGGAAUUGCUCAAUCAAAAGGAUCAGCAUCUUGGUAUGACUGCCUUGCAUUGGGCGAUAGACUCUGGUUGUGAUAAGGUGGUGCAGUUCUUAAUUGAUAAGGGAACUGACGUGAAUGCUACAGAUCCGGAGGGAAAUACUCCGUUACAUUUUGCUGCGUACUGUCACCGACAAACUGCUGCUGAAAUCCUGAUCUCAAAAGGUGCAGACAGAACAAUGCGCAACUACGAUGGACAAACUGCUGCAGAAGCAUGCGAUGAACCAACGCUGAAGGCGAUUUUGGCGCCGCCAAAUUGUGCACAAACUUCACUCACUCUGGAAAAAUAUUGGUGA